AUGAGUACGGAUGUCGCGGAGCAGAAUAUCCAGAUGUGGAAGGUCAAGAAACUCAUCAAGAGUCUUGACUCCGCCAGAGGAGCUGGUACCUCUAUGAUCAGCCUUAUCAUACCCCCUAAGGAUCAAAUUUCCAGGGCGUCAGCUAUGUUGACGCAGGAAUACGGAACGGCUUCUAACAUCAAAUCUCGAGUCAAUCGUCUCUCCGUUCUUGCUGCCAUUACCAGUACUCAGCAGCGUCUCAAGUUGUACAACCGAGUUCCCCCUAACGGUCUUGUACUCUUCGUUGGCACUAUCUUGACAGACGAAGGCAAGGAGAAAAAAGUAUCUUUCGACUUCGAACCCCACAAACCAAUCAAUACAUCUCUCUACCUUUGUGACAACAAAUUUCAUACCGAGGCAUUGUCUGAACUAUUAGAAUCGGACUCCCGCUUCGGCUUCAUUGUCAUGGAUGGUAAUGGCACUCUCUUCGGUGUCCUUGCUGGUAAUACCCGCGAGAUCAUUCACAAGUUCACCGUUGAUUUACCCAAGAAACACGGUCGUGGUGGACAGUCUGCUCUACGUUUCUCGCGUCUUCGUGACGAAAAGCGACACAACUAUGUGCGCAAAGUUGCAGAACACGCAGUUCAACAUUUUAUUACCAACGACAAAGUCAACGUUACAGGUCUUGUUCUUGCCGGUAGCGCCGACUUUAAGACCGAACUCAGCCAGAGUGAUAUGUUCGAUCAGAGGCUCGCCGCCAAAGUUAUCAAAGUUGUUGAUGUCAGCUACGGAGGCGAAAAUGGCUUCAAUCAGGCAAUCGAACUGGCUGCUGAAUCUCUUGCCAAUGUCAAGUUUGUCCAAGAGAAGAAGCUAAUCCAGAAAUACUUCGAUGAAAUCAGUCAAGAUACAGGCAGAUAUUGUUUCGGCAUUGAUGAUACCCUCAAAGCAUUGGAACUGGGUGCCGUUGAAACUCUAAUUGUCUGGGAAAACCUGGAUAUCACUCGCUAUGUGCUUCGCAAUGCUGCUGGAGAGGAAAUCAUUAUCCAUGCUAACAAGGAUCAAGAAAAGGACCGUGAAAAGUUUAUCGAUAAAUCCACAGGCCUCGAAAUGGAACAAGCCACGGAACCCCAGUCCCUGCUCGAAUGGUUCGCAGAAAAGUACAAAGAGUUUGGCGCCAAUCUUGAGUUCGUUACCAAUCGUUCCCAGGAGGGUGCUCAGUUCGUCAAAGGUUUCGGUGGUAUUGGCGGUCUCCUCCGGUAUAAGGUCGACUUCAACAACCUUACUUCGAUCGACGAAGAGGACGACGACGAGUUCUACUCUGAUGACGACGGUGGUAUCUGA